AUCCCAGAGAGCCAAAGACGGAAAACCCAAAACAUAAAUUGAAUCGAAAAAGAGCGCGCACAACGCUGACCGUCCGAUCAAUUCCGCGCACCGUCGGUUCAAAUCCGCCAAUGGGAGAUCGUCGUCGCUCCAAAUUCUCCCUCUGCUGCUUCGCGCCACGUCUCCGACCGCCGUCCGCCUUCGAACCGCCGCCGCCGUCCGCCGAUCUCCGCCAGAACGGGGGCGAUGGCGAGCGGGAAUCGUGCCCGAGCUUCACCGAGUUCCGCUUCGAGCAACUCGAGGCCGCGACGGGCAGAUUCUCGCCGGAGAACGUCGUGCGGGACCCCGGCCGAGGGCGGCUCGGAGGCCCCAGCGACGCCGUCUACAGAGGCGAGCUCGAGGACGGCCGCUCCGUCGCCGUCAAACGCUACGAGAGGGGCGCGUGGCCCGAUCCUCAGUAUUUCCUCGAGGAGGCGAAAUCGGUGGGGAACUUGAGGAGCGAGCGUCUGGCGAAUCUGAUAGGAUGCUGCUGCGAAGGCGAUGAUAGAUUGCUGGUGGCUGAGUUCAUGCCCAACGAGACGCUCGCCAAGCAUCUUUUCCUCUGGAGGACCCGGCCAAUGAAAUGGGCAAUGAGACUGCGGGUAGCAUAUUAUUUGGCACAAGCAUUAGAGUAUUGUAGCAGCAAAGGGAAGCCAUUGUACCUUGAUUUGCAUGCGUACAGGGUCCUGUUUGAUCAGGAUGGCAAUCCCAGGUUGUCCUGUUUUGGCCUUGUGAAGAACAACGUAGAUUGGAGGAGGUACCGCACUAAACUAGCUUUUCCACCCACAGAAUAUCUCAGAACAGGUACAAUGAAGCCUACAAGUGCAAUUUACAGUUUUGGUACCAUGUUGCUGGAUCUACUUAGUGGCAAAAACAUUCCGCCUGCUCAUGCACUUGACCAAAUACGAAGCAAGAAUUUCUCAAUGUUAAUAGAUUCUGCUUUGGAAGGUCCAUUUUCAAGUGCAGAUGCUAUUGAGUUGUUUCGCUUAGCUUCCCGUUGCUUACAGGAUGAAGCUCGUGAGAGGCCAAAUGCUAAGUCACUUGUUACAAUUCUCAGAUCACUACAGAAAGAAGCAGAGGUUCCGUCACUUGUUCUGCUGGGUGUCAAAGAGGAAGUAUGCAUAACCGAAGCACUUCUAUGGACACCCUUAGGACAAGCUUGUUCGAGAAUGAAUCUCACUGCCAUCCAUGAGAUCCUUGAGAUGAAUGGAUACAAGGAUGAUGAGGGGAUUGGCACUGAGAAAAACAUGUUUAUCAAAAAAGGACUUGAAUGGAUUUAGAACCAGCAGCGCAGAAGGAAAGGAGAAAUACGUAAACAGGUCUUUGAUACUGGACUGAACCCAACUGAAUUUUGAUUAUUCGACUCAAUUUGGUUCCAAGAAAACUAAUAAAAUUGGCUCACAUUACUUUCCAAAAAAUAUUUUUGUUAAAAUUUUUAUAAUUCUUAUCAUCCUAGAACAGUAGCAUAUAUAGUUGGACAGUGGCGAACGGCCAAAAAAUAAAAUAAAAAGAACAGCAUAAAAAUGUCAAGCUGGUGACAAAAAAGCUAUUAGGCAAAAAUUUUAAAAGUGGUCAGGAAGAGGCUAGAGUGGUGGAAUUUUUUUACUGAUAAAUUGCCAUGGUUCUUUAGAUUUUAACUUAAUUAACUAUGGAAAACCUUUUUAAGGAGCAACCUUCACAUCAAAGAAACAUGUGCAGGAAAAGAAAAGAAGUUCAGUUUCUUGGCAACUUGGAACUGCUUCGGAAAAAAUAGGAUUGUACCAGAUCGGAUGGCUAUGAAAUGCUUCAGUUUGGUGAACUGAAUUUCCAAUUUCUGAAUUGAAUGGAAUUGAAAUGAAAAUUCUAGUUCUGUUCAGUGAAUAAAAACAGAAACCUCUCUCCUCAUCCCUUUGUUCGCAGAUGCAAAUAAUGGUCAAUAAAUUUCUGAACAGCAAGAGUUCCUUUCUGGAUAGGGAAGGUGCUAUUAGGUUUGGAUGUCAAAUUGACCUUCUAUGAUGUGAGCUGAAUUUAGAACUACGUUGGACUGAGAAAGUACAGGCUGAAGUCAAUUGUUGCUCAAAAAACUGAUUCAACCGUAUUUGCUUUUUUUCCCGCCUUCUUUCGACUUUCGAUAAGCGAUAAGUUUGUCAUUACAAGUGUGACUGUCAAAGCAAUUGGCUGUUGAACAUUCAAUUGUUCGAUUACCAUGUGGAAUUGAGAUUUAUUUCUUCCUGCAUGUUGAUGUUAUUCCUUCAUUAGAAAAACAGAAAUGUUCUUUUUGUUCAUCAUGAUCUGACUCUUAACAUCUUU